AUGGACCUUCGUCUUGACAUCUGGGUGAUGCACGCUUCUCAGUCACCCUGCUUUUGCACGCCUGCUUUUGUGAAAUGCAUCACUUGUGCACACAAUCCCUGUUUGUCUGACUUUUUCAAAGAGCGGCGGAUGCCCGAAAUGUUUCUCCGUCUGUCUGCAUGAGGGAUGGCGACCAAACCGCGCCAAGUCCAAGAGUGGUUAUCUACACGUUUGCACCUGUUCGGAUGGAUAAUGACAGUUUAUGCCACAGGUGAAUGAAUAUCGUCUCAGUUUCUCUUCGCAACGAGUGUUUUGAAGCUGUUUUCUGACUCUGGCAUUCAGAUCGAGCUUGUUGCACAAUGGAUCUCAAAGUAGAAACCGAAGAAAUGGACACAAAUCAACCCCCGCCCAUAGAAGUUUUUGCGCACAGCUCGACUCUGCACGGAAUCUCGCAUAUUUUCACGUACGAGCGGUUCUGCAUCAAACGCUGCCUGUGGGUCGUGUUUUUCUUGGGCUCUCUGACCUUCUUGCUGUACGUGUGCGUGGACAGGAUCCACUUCUACCUCGAGUACCCGCACGUAACCAAACUGGAUGAGGUCACGACCCCGAUCAUGACGUUCCCCGCGGUCACUUUCUGCAACCUGAACGCGUUCCGCUUCAGCAGGGUGACGCGCAAUGAUCUGUACCACGCAGGGGAGCUGCUGGCCCUGCUCAACCAGAGGUACGAGAUCAGGGACAUACAUCUUGUAGAGGAGAGCGUCCUGGAGAGCCUAAAGGUCAAAGCUGAUUUCCAUAAUUUCAAGCCGCGACCCUUCAACAUGCGGGAAUUCUACGAUCGCACCGGACACGACAUCAGUGACAUGCUGCUCGCCUGCCACUUUCAUGGCACCGAGUGCAGAGCAGAAGACUUCAAAGUGGUCUUCACUCGCUACGGGAAAUGUUACACCUUCAACGCCGGUGGUGAUGGACACCCUCCCCUCAUCACCACCAAAGGAGGUAUGGGUAAUGGACUCGAGCUCAUGCUGGACAUUCAGCAGGAUGAAUACCUGCCUGUCUGGGGAGAAACAGAUGAGACUUCGUUUGAAGCUGGAGUCAAAGUUCAGAUCCACAGUCAGGACGAGCCGUCCUUCAUUGACCAGCUCGGGUUCGGAGUGGCGCCAGGGUUUCAGACAUUUGUCUCCUGCCAGGAACAGAGGCUGAUAUAUCUCCCUCCUCCGUGGGGAGACUGUAAAGUGACGGCGAUGGAAUCAGACUUCUUUGACAGUUACAGCAUCACAGCCUGUCGCAUCGACUGUGAAACACGCUACCUGGUGGACAAUUGCAACUGUCGCAUGGUGCACAUGCCUGGCGAUGCUCCUUACUGCACCCCCGAGCUGUACAAAGAGUGUGCCGACCCAGCUCUUGAUUUCCUGGUGGAGAGAGACAAUGAUUUCUGCGUGUGUGAGACGCCGUGCAACAUGACGAGAUACAGCAAAGAGCUGUCCUUCGUCAAGAUCCCCAGCAAGGCCUCCGCCAAAUAUCUGGCAAAGAAAUACAACAAAUCUGAGCAGUACAUCAAAGAGAAUAUUCUGGUGUUAGACAUCUUUUUUGAGGCUCUCAACUACGAAACUAUUGAACAGAAGAAGGCUUAUGAAGUGGCUGGACUCUUAGGUGAUAUCGGUGGUCAGAUGGGACUUUUUAUCGGGGCGAGCAUACUCACCAUUCUGGAGCUAUUUGACUACCUUUAUGAGGUGAUAAAGUACAAGUUGUGCCGCUGCUCCGAUAAGAAGCACAAACACAACAACAGCAACGACCAGGGGACGGUCCUGAGCUUAGACGACGUCAAGUGCCACGUCAGUAACUUUCACUAGGCUUCUGCUGCCGUGAGGAGGAAGCCACCGUACUCUCUCGUCUCUGAGCGGUUUUAAUGGACUUUGUUCGUUGCAGUUUUUUAGGACUGCGGGAGCAAACAGAGGGAUGUGUCUAGACUGCGCCUGGUUACGGUUUGUGAAGUGGCAUGUGGCUGAAGUGAGGAGUCGCCACACAAACAGCAGGACAGAUCAAACAUGACGAAUUCAGAAUAACUGCAUGGUCAUCAGCUUCUUAAGACAUAGUAACAGAUACAGUAAAGAGGGCAUGAACUGAGCUGAGCUCCACAUGUGUUCAGUAAAUCAGCUUUAGCAUCAUGGUGGUGUUUGUCAAUCUGAAGGAGUUCUUUGUAAAAUAAUUGAUGUGACAGGUUGGUUUUUACUCACAAGAUGUUGUUAUUUUAGAGGUUUUUUUUAGGUAUUUGCAUGUCAGUGCUGCCUCUUUUAUUCCUGCCCUUUGAGGUUUGCUUUCAGUGCUCUUUUGUUCUUGACUUCUCCACCAAUUUUCCAUUUUUAUAUUCACGUCAUCCAGUCUUGUCUUAUGACUGAUGGCUCCCCUCGUUAAAAACCAGAGCAUUUUGCCAAAAUACUCUACUACCUCAUCUCGCAGGGUGACAGCGCCCUUAAAAAUUUACAAGCCAAGCAAAUUAAUAAUAAAAAAGGUCAUUUCCAUGUAUAGAAAUGAGCAGAAUAGGGUCUAAAAAAGCAAGCGACGUAACAUUUACUGAGCAGCAGUCUCAGGUCUAUUUAACAGGAGACAUUUUGACAUGUCACAGUAUGAAAACCAGAGCUGUGAAUAAUAGAAUUAAUGAUGGCUGAAUUCUAUUUAGCGGCUUCUCCUGCAGAGUCCUUUUAUUGUGUCUGCUGGCUCACUGUCACAGUCGCAGCUUACUAGGACACAGAGACAUUAUUAAUAGUGUUUGUUGUAACACCUGUGUUUUUCCUGCUAUGAACAGUCAAAAUGUCUGCUGUGGAAAAGGCCACAGUUACAGGACAAUCCCAGGAUAAUAAUAAAUGCUAGUAUGUCGUGUAGUGCAAGUUUAUUUAUAAAGCACCUUAUCAUACCCGAGUGUUAGUCAAAGCAGUUUCUGACUCAAGUCACCAUAAACUGCUGAUCAUACCAAGUUUACACUGAUUAAUCCUUCAGAAUAGAAAAGAAAAUAGUUUGAGUGUAAUCACUGUCAGCCAGAAAGUUAGAUGAGGAAAUUGAUAAAACACUAAUAAAUGAGAGCGGCAUCAUUCUGAACAUUGGGUGCGUAUUUUCAAAAAUGUGCUUUGCUUUAAAAGGGUAACUAUGGUAUUUUCCUUUUUUUUCAAGAUUCUUCACUUUUAUUGACAGAACAGCUGUAGACAGCUUGGACAUGUGGCGGAGAGACGGGGGGAUGACAUGCAGCAAAAGGCCGCCUGCAGGUUAAAUGGAACCCGAGCAGCUGCAGGUGAGCUAGAGGUCGCCCCAAUUUAGUGACUAUUGGAGACAACCAUUUUUAAAUUGGUACAGUAUUGCGCUCAAGGGCUGCAAUAUAACCACGCACCAUCAAUUUAUGUCCACUGAAAGUGUUUGUUUUUGCUACUGACAGGCUCAGAUUAUUCUAAGUGUCUGACAACAUGUUGGAAAGCAUCUCUACAGAGGUAGACAUUUAUGUCGAAGUGUAAGAUCCUUUUUGUUUAACCAGAAACAGCCCAGAAAUCGCUAUCGACAAACC